AUGAUAUACUCCAAAGGAUAUUAACUCUCAAAAAGAUUUUUCUCGGUUAAAAACAUUGGAAUUGUUGGUGCAGGUCAAAUGGGAACAGGCAUCGGUAUUGUAGCUAGCAGAGUAGCAGGUGUUAAUGUCAAAUUUGUGGAUCCCUAGGACUAAUCAUUGAAGAAAAGUCAAGCCUUCAUUAACUAGUGGUGUGAAAAAGAGAUCUCAAAAUAAAAGAUGACAGAAGAAGAUAAGAAAACUAUGCUGAGCAAGAUUUCAUUCCACAACUCAAUUUCCAGUCUAAAUGAUGUUGACUUUGCAGUUGAGGCAGCAAACGAGAAUUUCAAUUUAAAGUAAAAGAUCUUUGCUGAAUUAGAAAUAGAAACUCCUCAACAUGCUAUAUUAGCUUCAAAUACCUCAUCUAUCUCUAUUUCAAAGAUUGCUGGUACCGUUCCAAAUAGAGCUCACUAAGUAAUUGGAAUGCACUUCAUGAAUCCAGUUCCAGUUAUGUAACUUAUUGAAAUAAUCACAGCUCUCCAAACAGAUAAGACCACUCUUAAGACAACUCUUUAACUAGCUGAAUCAAUGAAGAAAACUACAACUAUCGCUAAGGAUGUUCCAGGCUUUAUCGCAAACAGAAUUCUUAUUCCAUAUAUUAAUGAAGCUGUAUUCACUUUAUAUGAGGGAAUUGGAACUAUUGAGGAUAUUGAUAAGACUAUGAAACUCGGAACAAACGUGCCCAUGGGCCCACUUACUCUAGCUGAUUUUAUUGGAUUAGAUACUGUUCUGGCUAUCGCAAGAGUAUUGCACACUGAACUAGGAGACUCAAAAUAUAGACCAUGCCCCCUCUUGGUUAAUUAUGUUGAUGCUGGGUAUCUUGGAAGAAAAUCAGGCAGAGGAUUUUAUGACUAUAGCAAGAAAAACUGA